AUGGACACAGAGAGACCGUUACUCUUCAGAGGACAAGCCCUAAAUUUGUCCAUGUUCACCGCACAAGAAAUAAGAGAAGAAAGCAUUCUCAAGAUAGUAGACCCCACGAUCUUCAACGAGUUGGGUCAUCCUGUGAGAAAUGGCCUAUACGACCCCAGGCUUGGCGCAGUGGGCGACUCUUCGUGCGAGCACUGCCACUUGAGACACAAUAACUGCCCCGGGCACUUUGGGCACAUAGAUCUUCCCCUCCCCGUAUACAACCCAAUGACGCAUCCCCUGCUCUCCAAGCUCCUGAAGCAGGCUUGUCUCGUGUGCCACAGAUUCAGAGCAGGGAAAGACUACGUGCAAGCACUCACAAGACAGCUGCAGCUGGCGAGGAAAGGAUACCCCACAGAGUCGAAUGAAGUAGAGCAGCUGAUAAAAGAAGGAAACUUUGAGAAAAUAGAGGAAAUAGCACAGGAGACAGAAAAGAAGAGCAGAGCACCAAAAGUGCACUCUAAUACUGUGCACAGGGUACUAAACAGCUUCCUAGCCCAGGCUCCCAGGCCAUGCAUGUGGUGCGGAUCGUCACCGCAUAAAAUAUCCACAAAAAACAACUGUAUAGUGGUAGAGAGAACAAAAAGAACAAAAGAAGGAGCCGAUGAACUCAGGGAGGAGCUCCUACUCCCGGUGGAAGCAGUGGAGAUGAUCCAGCAGAUAACAAAAAAAGAAGAGACCUUCCUCUCAGAGCUCUUCUACAGGAUGCACAGCAAACAGACAGGAUACAACUUCCUUCUUCCCAUGUUCUUCAUCGAGGUGGUCCUUGUGGUUCCCCCGGGGUGCAGGCCGAUGAACAAGCUCUCCAGAGGAAACAUGCUGACGCACCACCAGAAGAGCAUUGUGUACCAGGAGAUCAUCAAAAUAUCGAUGGAGAUAUUCAACAUAGAAGAUAAGUCAGCUAAAUCUGUGACUAGUGCGUACAUACGCCUGCAGGAGGCAGUCAGCUCCCUGUACUCCGUGACAAACCAAAACACCAAGGGCGUCACGCAGGGCGUAAAACAAAUACUGGAGAAAAAGGAGGGAAUAUUCAGAAAUAAUAUCAUGGGAAAAAGAGUCAACUACACAGCAAGAUCAGUUAUAUCCCCAGACCCAGCCAUAGCCGUAGAUGAAGUAGGGAUACCGCAGGAGUUCGCAUGCAAAUUAACCAUCCCCGUGGGGAUAUCGCCUGUUAACAUAGAAUCGCUGCGAGAGGCAGUGAUAAACGGCCCAGUGUAUCCAGGGGCUGAGUACAUAGAAGAUGCCACGGGAGGGCUGAUAAGUCUGCGACACAUCACACAGGAGAAGAGAAUGCACCUCGCCAACCAGCUGCUCACCAGGGCAUCGUGCAAUGCACACUCCAUCACUGACAAAGACUCUCUCACAGGAUACACGGGAGAGCUCCCAAACAAAAAUAUGUCAUUUGGAGUCAGGAAGGUGUGGAGACACAUGCGCACAGGAGACAAUGUGCUAGUUAACAGACAGCCAUCCCUGCACAAGGUGAGCAUGAUGGGGCACAAGGUCAAAAUACUCCCCAAUGAAAGAACCAUCAGACUGCACUACGUCAACUGCAACUCGUACAACGCAGACUUUGACGGGGAUGAGAUGAACGUGCACUUCCCCCAGGAUAUCGUAUCGCAGGUGGAGGUGUCUGAGAUAUGCUCUACCAACCAGUGCUUCAUAUCCGCUACGAGUGGUGAUCCUGUGAGAGGCCAUGUGCAGGACCACGUGGUGAUGGGUGCUCUUCUAUCGCAGAAGAACGUGUUCAUUCAGUUUGGCGAGUACUCGCAGAUGAUUGUCUCUGCUCUCUGGGGAAGUGCAGGGGGUAAAAGAUUCCUCCUGGAAGAGCCUGCGAUCCUCAGGCCAAAGCGGCUGUACACUGGGCAGCAGGCCAUCACAGCUGUGAUCCGCAACCUGGGGAUAGAGAUAAACGUAACGUGCAAAUCUAAGCUGGGAGACACACUUAUUAUCAGACAGAGCGUAGUUAUUGCUGGGUCGUUUGACAAGUCGCAGAUAGGCGCGGCACCGUACGGGCUCGCGCAUGCAGUGAAUGAAAAGUACGGAGGAACAGCCAGCAACGCCCUCCUCACGGCCAUAGGAAGGCUCUUCAACAGAGCACUCAUCGUCUUUGGGCACUCUUGCACAAUGGACGACCUGAUGAUAGAGAGCGCAGCUGAAACAGGAAGACACACAGCAAUAGAGGAAGGGCUCCUUGCAGGAAGCAUCGCAUCAAGGGAGUUCCUGCAGAAUAAGCCAGACUUCCUCCUAAAGACCUCAAAGUCAGCAGCAGAAGGAGAAGUGCCCGAGGACAAAAGAGAGCUCGAUGCAGAGAUGCGAAAGCCAACGGGAGAGUGCUCCUCCAGGGUGCUGGAAAUAGCCAGUGCUGGGCUGUGCCUGCAGAAGAGAAGAAACAGAAUGUACAUGAUGGUGGCCUCAGGGGCGAAGGGAAGUCUCGUCAAUCUGGGCCAGAUCAUAUCGAUGCUCGGACAGCAGGAGCUAGAGGGAAUGAGAGUGCCCAUUAUGCCCACGGGAAGAACCCUUCCCACCUUCCUGCCCCUGGAGGACACUCCGCGCGCCCACGGGUUUAUAUCGCAGAGAUUCCUCACGGGUGUGCACCAGGAAGAGUUCUUCUUCCACUGCAUGGCGGGUAGAGAAGGGCUAAUUGACACAGCAGUUAAAACCAGCAGAUCAGGGUAUCUGCAAAGGUGCCUUAUCAAGCACCUAGAGGGAAUAAAGAUAGAGGCAGAUGGGAGCGUGCGUGACUCAGAUGGAUCUGUGAUUCAGAUGGUCUACGGAGAGGACGGAAUACACCCGGAGAAAGCAGCGUAUCUGCACAACCACCAGUUCUUCAACGAGAAUCCUGUGGAGCCCAAGAUACUCUCCAGCGUGGGACUGCAGGUGGGGGACUUGUACAAUCUGAGAGCGCAGCAGGGGAAAGUGUCGCGCGCUUUCCACGAGUCAUCAUCAGCGAGCGAGCACAAAGAGAGUCUGUGGUGGAGGUACCUUAAGGCCGCUGCUGAGCCAGGAGAGGCAGUGGGGAUCCUUGCAGCGCAGGGCAUAGGAGAGCCCUCGACACAGAUGACCCUCAACACGUUCCAUCUUGCAGGGGUAGGAGGGAAGAACGUGACCCUGGGGAUGCCCAGACUGAAGGAGCUUGUGAUGUUUGCCAGCAGGAACAUUAAGACGCCGAUUAUAUCUGUGCCUGCCACGAGAGAGCCUAGCGCGCGGGAGAUGGAGAUGCUAAGAGUUUCUGGGCGCAGGAGUGUUAUGUCUGUCAUCACGUCUAUCAAGAUGGACGAGCAGGUACUUGUUGAUCACAGCACAGGACUUCCUGUGCGGCAGCUGAAGAUCUCUCUGCUUCCCCUGCCUGGCAUUAUUGGGCUGGUGGAGAGCACGCUGCAGAGCGAGUUCUUCGUUAUGUUCAGCAGGAACAUGAAGGCAUUCAUCAAGUCCCUCUCAGACCAGCAGAUAACAGAGAGUGUUAAGGACGUGCGCGCAGCGGAUGCACAGGACAAAGAAGCACGGGAUGAUAAAGAGUCGUCUGAGGAAGAAGAGUCAUCUGAGACAGAAGAAGAGCAGAGUGAGAACACGGAAAAUAACGAGAAUAACGAACACUUGGAAGAGGAGCAGGAGAAAGAUCUGCCCGAGUGCGAUGCAAUGGAUAAAGUGUCUGAUCCCUCGUGCACGAAUGACGGCACCUGGGUGCACAUUACGCUGCAUGCUCCUAUUUCGUACAAAACCCUCUAUCUUCCCCGAGUUGAGAACAUCCUUAAAAAGAUUCUUCUUAAAACUGACGCCGAAUUUGAGAGCUGCACGUAUGCAAAUGGCCAGUACCUGAUACAGAAGGGCACAAUGUACGGCCUCCACAACGCAGUGGGCGAUCUUUUGCUGGGUGAUCUCAUGGAUCUCUCUGAGUGCAGAUCUAACAGCAUCUGGGAGACAGCUAGCACACUGGGCAUUGAGGCAGCACGGAUUGCCAUUAUACGGGAAAUAGCAGCUGUAUUCGAGGUGUACGGGAUAAAGAUAGACUACAGGCACCUCUCCCUUAUCGCUGACUACAUGACACACACGGGCACUAUCAUUGCGUUCAAUAGAGGAGCCUUUUCAGUGAUGGGGUCACCCAUCCAGAGAAUAACAUUUGAGACAGCGUACUCUUUCAUUAAAGAUGCAGUGGUAGAUGGAGCAGUGGACGGCCUGACGAAUCCUUCUUCCUGCAUAGCCAUUGGGAAACCUGUGAGCAUAGGGACAAACACUUCGGAGAUAGGGUAUGCAUUGGAUGCACAGUAA